AUGGGGCGUGGGACCCUGAGGCCACGUGGUGAUUUAACCACAGUAUCUUCGGCCGUGUCUUUUACGGCCUUUGGCUUCGGCCUACAAUACUGCGGUUGCGAGGCCGAGAGGAUUCUGUCUUUGGAGCUUUUAUUUUGUUUUCAGGAAGGCGAAAUGCCUAACGAAACGGUAGGUGCCAGGACCGAGAGGAAGUCCCUUCAAUCACCACGGUAUAACAUUUACACAACGAUUGUUAUGUAUUUACCGUCGUCUAUAACCUUUACCCCGUCAGAUUUGUCAAAGCUUGACAUGCCAGCUCCUCUAUUAGCCCUAUGCCAAUAUGUCGAGACCAAGUUGAAGCCUGCUAACAGGACCAUUAGAAUUCACAUGCCAGAGGAAGUGUUUGGCACUAAUCAUGAUACCUGGCUCUUGAGUGACGACAUUUUACAGUUUGUUUCCAUGGUUGAGAUUGGAUCCACAGUGAUUGCAGUAUACAUGAGGGGUCAUUGGGUGUUAAUAAUUGUGAGACUAGCUAAGGAGACUGUCUAUUACAUGGAUUCAUUGCCAAACCGCUCUGUUGACGAGGACAUGAGAAAUAUAGUGAAUACUUCAAUCAAAAUGUAUAACUGUCACACAGGGAAACAAUCAUCACGUAAAUCACCCAUAUGGAAAAAUCUACAAGGCACUCCUAGACAACCAACAAAUGUAGAGUGUGGCUAUUACGUGAUGCGUUUCAUGAGAGAUAUAAUUCAUGAUCUAGGCCUAGCAUUUGAGAAGAAGUUUGACAAGAAAAAGGAACCAGUUGUGUAUACUCAAGAACUUAUUGACGAAGUUAGGCUAGAAUGGGCAAAAUUUGUGAACAAGCAAUUACAGAAUUAUAAGUGA